GCUCAGCAGCUGGAGAGAAACAUUGGCUAAGGAUGGUCAAAGCUGGGAAGGGAAAAGAGCAAGGAGGGAAAAGGAUGAAGUGAAAAGAGCUAGGAACCACGCUGGAGAGCAUACAAACAGCCUGCUGACCUCUGAUGCAUGAGGGAUGAAGAAAACAGACUGUGAUUGACUAUGUGGACCAUCUGGGUGAUCUUCUGGAUUUCAACUGUCCCGAUCAAAGCUAUUCCACCUGUCUGUGACCUUCUGAGUGUCCUGAAAAGGGAGGAAGAAAAAUGUGUGGAGACUCUUUCCCUGGAGGAAAGGAACCAAACGACUGAAAAUGAUCUGCUCCUGAGCUCAGGCAGAUGUGCUGGAAUGUGGGAUAACAUGAGCUGCUGGCCUUCAGCCACUGUGGGACAGACUGUCAAUGCUCACUGCCCUGAAUUCUUCCAGAUGCUGACGGGGAAAAAAGGUUUUGUGUACCGAAACUGUACAAGUGAGGGCUGGUCAGAGCCGUACCCGAGACCUGACAUUGCUUGUGGCUACAAUGUCAACGACACAACCAACGAGGCCAGACGUUCCUAUUUCAUGACCCUGAAGACCAUGUACACUGUUGGAUACUGCACCUCCCUUGUGACACUGAUGAUAGCCUUGGUGGUCCUGGCCUCCUUUAGAAGACUUCGCUGCACAAGGAACUACAUCCACAUGCAUCUCUUCACAUCGUUCAUUUUGCGAGCCUCAUCCAACUUCAUCAAGGAUGCUGUCUUGUUUUCCUCUGAAGAUACAAAUUACUGUGGGGCAUACACGGCUGGCUGUAAGCUCACCAUGGUCUUCUUUCAGUACUGCAUCAUGUCUAACUACAGCUGGCUCCUCGUGGAAGGACUGUACCUCCACACCCUCCUGGUGAUUUCUUUCUUCUCGGAAAGGAAGUUCCUCUGGUGGUUCAUUGCCCUCGGAUGGGGUGCCCCAACGGUGUUUGUGGCUGCAUGGGCAACUGCUAGGCAACUCCAUGAAAAUAUUGGGUGUUGGGACAUUAACACUGAUGCCAAUACCUGGUGGAUCAUUAGAGGCCCCAUAGUUUUGUCUAUUUUUAUUAAUUUCAUUCUCUUUGUCAACAUUUUAAGAAUCCUGAUGCGGAAGCUCAGCUCCCCUGAAAAACGGAGCAAUGAUUUCAACCAAUACAAGAGACUUGCAAAGUCAACACUCCUCCUCAUCCCUCUCUUUGGGGUCCACUAUAUCAUCUUUGCUUUUUUCCCUGAGGAUGCAAGCAGUGGCACAAUGGAAAUUCAGCUGUUUUUUGAAUUGGCUCUUGGAUCAUUCCAGGGCUUUGUUGUGGCUGUACUUUAUUGUUUUCUUAACGGUGAGGUUCAGCUGGAAGUUCAGAGGAAAUGGAGGCAGUGGCAUUUAAGCAAACAUUGGCGUCAGCAUCUCAGCACCUCGGCAAGUAACGGAGGGAGCGGCUUGACUCAAGAGAUGCAGAUAGUGAGGUCCAGCCCACAGGAGCACAGGAGAGGAACCCUCCAAGGGUCAAGUGUGCUUUAACCCUGUGCACCUGAGGGUACCUCCUCAGAUACACAUGGCUGAGUCCCACAGACUGAGCUGGGAGUCUUGUGUCCAUAUCCAAAGUGGGACUCGGCUGUAGAUCAGCGGUUCUUGGAGCACAUCUGUUUGUGUAUAUCCUGUGCAGCACCAUGGUUAGUUUGCAAAGCAGAAUGGGCCAAAAUAUUAUGCUCUUCCUUGAGUUUCUGGCAACAAUAAUUUGUUUUUUCUUUCCACACCUGCUGCUAGUUCUACCUUAAAUGUGACCUUCCAUUUUCCAUGUUGCUCUCCCACACGUUCCAGGCUAAAUCAGGCUGGUGAUUUUUUGAUGUUCUCUAUUUCUUCUGCUGCAGAAGCUGGGAGGACAUUAAAUUUUGUAUGAUGAAGGUUACAUGACAUCCUCCAUGGGUUUGAAAUGCAAAAUUAAUUAAUCCCUAAAUUUUAUCAAGGUUCAAAGCCUUUCUGUUGUGGUGAUGGAUACUGAGAACAUAAGGCACAGCUGAGCUCCAGUUUCCUCUCUGACUGCAUAGCUAUUGCUCCAGGGACAGUGGCAGGUUCAGACAGGUUUUUGCCAUUGCCUCUUUUAACAGUGGAGACCUUGGAAACAACAGUGGUCCAAUUUGGAUAUUUGUAUAAUUUUGAAAUGGUAAAAAAGCUAUAACAACAUAUUCCAAAGGUGACUAUAAAAACUUCAGUAAGAUAGCUCAUCCCUGUUGUGUCUGUACCUCUGAGACUUGACCAGCUUGUAUUUGAAGGGAAGAAAUGAAAGCUCUUGAGACAUCUAAAGCUCAGUUGAAGCUAUCUGGUGAAAAGCAAUACCAUAGUGGCUACCAAAAAUCUCUUUAGAGUUCACAGUCCCUCAGUGUACUGAAAUCUGCAAGGCUGUGCACUGUAAUACGCUGUCAAAAAGUAUCUGAGCUAUCACAGCUUUAUACUCUUAAGGAUAUAAUUAAGCAAUUUUUCCUGUUUGGAAUGAGAAAGGGAUAAAAUAAUUCAUCUGACAAAG